AUCUCUCUAUCAAUUUUCUUUUGUCAUCGUUCAUCUCUUACCAAUACAGUAAGAUAGUGGAGUUGAGAGAGUGAUUGAACAAGUCUCCAAUGGAUGAGAGCUCUUCCGGCGCGAUUGUGCCGGCGGUGAAGGGAAAGGCGAAGUCGUUAGCCAUUCCUCCAUGCGAACACGAUGAUACCUUCGUAGCUGGCGCCGAUCCGUAUGUCUCCGAUAAGCCGGAGAUCGACAAGGAUUUGUUAUGUCCAAUAUGCAUGCAGAUCAUCAGAGACGCUUUCCUCACCACUUGUGGCCAUAGCUUUUGUUACAUGUGCAUCAUCACGCAUCUUAACAAUAAGAACGAUUGUCCUUGCUGUGGAUCUCACCUUACUAAUAAUCAGCUCUUUCCUAAUUUUCUCCUUGACAAGCUGUUGAAAAAGGCCUCUUCAAGCCAAGUAUCUAAAAGGGCAAGUCCAAUUGAACAAUUUCACCAUGCACUGCAGCAGGGAUUUGAAGUGUCUGUAAAGGAGAUGGACAAUCUGUUGAUACUGCUUGCGGAGAAAAGGAGAAAAAUGGAGCAAGAAGAAGCCGAAAGAAAUAUGCAAACCCUAACGGAAUUCUUGCAAUGUCUAAGGAGAAAUAAAGUUGCUGAGUUGAAAGAGAUGCAAGCAGAUCUCCAGUAUAUUAAAGGGGACAUAAAUUCAGUUGAGAGACAUAGAAUUGAGCUGUACAUGGCAAGGGACAGGUUCAAAGUACCACGGACGGUUGCUGAUAGUCCUGCAACUACAAAAUCAUGGUCAAUGUCCAUUGAUAGGAACACUGGUGCUACAUCUAGUUCUCGUACUGCACAAACAGGGAUGCGUAUGGGAAAUUUUCAGUAUACGAAAACAGAUGGAAAGGUUCAAGGAAGCUCUCUUUCUCAAGAGAGGAAAGAUACUCAUGUGGGAUUAGAAUCACAACUUACAAAUCAGACAAAUUUGUCUUCUACGAAGAAAAAGCGUGUGCACGCACAGUUCAAUAACCUACAAGACUGCUAUCUGCAAAAGCGACGAGAGCUAGCAAACCACUCAUCUAGGCAAGAAGAUGCGGAUGCAAGCAUUGUAUCCAGAGAAGGAUAUAAUGCUGGACUGGCUGAUUUCCAGUCUGUGCUUAAGACCUUCACACAAUAUAGUCGAAUGAAGGUCAUUGCUGAACUUAGGCAUGGUGAUCUCUUUUAUCAUACAGCCAAUAUCAUUUCUAGCAUAGAGUUUAACCUUGACGAUGAGCUGUUUGCAACUGCUGGAGUAUCCAAGUGUAUAAAAGUUUUUAAUUAUUCAUCGGCUGUAAAUGAACCUGUUGAUGAGCCUUUCCCAGUAGAGGAGAUGUCAACUCGAUCUAAGCUUAGUUGCUUGAGUUGGAAUAAAUUCAGCAAUAAUCUUAUCGCUAGCAGUGAUUAUGACGGCAUAGUAACAGUUUGGGACGUUAGCCGAAGGCAGAGUGUGGUGGAUUAUGAAGAACAUGAGAAACGUGUAUGGAGUGUUGACUUUUCACGCACUGAACCAUCGAUGCUUGUGUCUGGAAGUGACGAUUGCAAGGUCAAGAUAUGGUGCAUGAAUCAAGAAACUAGUGUUCUUAAUAUUGACAUGCAAGCAAAUAUUUGCUGCGUCAAGUAUAAUCCUGCAUCUAGCUUUCAUGUUGCGGUUGGUUCUGCUGACCAUCUAAUUCACUAUUAUGAUUUGAGAAAGUCCAAACAACCACUUCACAUAUUUAGUGGACAUAACAAAACUGUUUCAUAUGUUAAAUUCUUGUCAAACGAAGAGCUUGCUUCUGCAUCUACCGACAAUACAUUACGCUUAUGGGAUGUCAAAUCAAAUACGCCAAUUCGUACAUAUGGAGGCCAUACAAACGAGAAGAAUUUUGUAGGUCUAUCAGUGAACAACGGGUUUCUAGCUUGUGGAAGUGAAACAAACGAAGUGUUCGUAUACCACAAAGCAAUAUCGAAGCCAGUGACAUGGCAUAAAUUCGGUUCGACUGAUAUGGAAGGUAGCGAUGAAGAGACAGGUUCGUAUUUCAUUAGUGCAGUUUGUUGGAAGAACGAUAGUUCUGCUUUGUUAGCUGCUAACAGUCAAGGGACGAUUAAAGUGUUGGUACUUGCACCUUGAUUUGUUUAGGAAAAAGUGUAUCAAUGAAAUGAGAUUGGGUACUAAAAAUUUGGUUCUUCUUUUUUAUGUUAUAUAGAAUUGUUAAAUUUUUAUCAUUUAAUUGAGGGACACCUUAGAAAUAUGCAUGAUAAUGAAAGUUUAUUUAGAAACUAAUAUUAUAGUGUUUCAUUA